AUGGACCAAGACAUUGAACAGUGGAGCAAAUCUUGUUAUGGCUGUCAGUUAGUAUUGCAACCUGAAAAGGUGGAGCCAAUGCACAUUCCAUGGGAGCAUUUAGCAGCUGAUUUCCUAGGACCGUUGCUAUCCGGAGAUUACAUUUUUACUAUAGUAGAUUAUUAUUCCAGAUGGAUUGAUUUGGCUGUUAUGAAAUCUACAACGGCAGAGAAAUUGGUGGAGGUGUUGACACAGAUUUUCAGUACACAUGAGUUACCUGUUUCUAUAACAAUAGACAAUGGACCACAAUUUGUUAGUGAAUUUUUCAAAACAUAUUGUGAAACUAAUGGAAUCAUCCAUAGGAGGACGACCCCAUUGUGGCCACAGGCCAAUGGAGAAAUAGAACGUCAAAACAGAUCAAUAUUGAAGAGACUGAAGAUUGCACAAGCAGAGAAGAAAGACUGGAAAUCCGAACUUCUGACUUAUUUGUUGAUGUAUCGUUCAUCACCACAUACAACAACAGGAGUGUAUCCGGCUGAGUUGUUGUUCCGCCGUGUUAUUCGUACAAAAUCACCAGAUAUUCACAAGUACAGUGAGACAGAUUCUACAGUUAGAGAUAGAGAUACAGAGAAGAAGGCUAAAGGGAAAAUGUAUUCUGAUGCUAAGAGAAGAGCUAUAACUAGUGACAUAAAACCUGGUGAUCUCACUUUGAUGAAGAAAAACAAGGAAAACAAGCUAUCAGCAACAUAUCAUAGUGAUCCAUUCAAAGUUGUCGAGAAAAAAUGGGAAUAG